UCAUAUCGAUCGGUUGCUGAGAACCGGCAAGCCAUUGAUGCUAAGGACCACUGACCGUAUUUCGUGAGGCUUGCCUGAUUCGGACUAGACAUGAACAUCCCAGCCGAGCAUAACGUUAUGCUACCGCUUACAUCCCAUCGAUAUAAUAACGCUGUAGCCACUUCACGUACAAGCCCCACUACGCAGUUCAUCUACAACUGAGCCUUAACGACAUGCCUGCAGAACGUCAGAAGAAGACAACGCCUCAAAAGGUGCCUGGCGCGGGAGAUCCGGAUCGGAAGCGGGUGUUGAACGUCCUGGCACAGCGGAGAUAUCGUCAAAGAAGACGGGAAAGAAUAGCUGAAUUGGAAGCCAAGCUCAACUCGACAAACAGUGACACAAUUCGAAGUAAUGAGAUAUCACAUGCAGAUGAUCUACCGGAUCAAUGUACCUUAUUACCAAACGCCGGACAGGAUGCGUUCGAUAUAGAAGAGAUAGUACGCAGUAUUGAUAUCGAUGUCUCAUUGGGGCCACUUGAUCCAGGAGACAUUGCCUUCACACAAAGUUUUGACAUGACAACCCUCACCACCACCCAAAACCCCCCAACAUACCUCCCGGACCUCCUCCCCUCAUCCACCUCCCCCUCCUCCUCCUCCUCCACCUCCCCAACACCCCCCCUAAACUUCCCCCUCACCCCAGACGCAUUCCACCUCAACGUCCCCAUCCUCUCCGCCAUCCGCGCCUCCAGCACCAUCGCCACCGUCCUCGGCGUCUCAAACCACAUCUGGGACCCAACCUACAUGCAUACCCUCACCACCAUCCCCGACCCCUCCACCCCGUCAAACCUCCACCCAACAACCAGCCAAAUGACGAUCCCUCACCACCCAGUCCUCGACAUUCUCCCCUGGCCCUCCGUCCGCGAAAAACUCAUCUGCAUCCUGGCGCUGCCCUCCGCGCUCCGCCCGCAAGUCGCGCGCGAGGACGACGGCGGCGAUGGACAGAGCAAGGCGGUGUUUCAAUUGAUUCAGGACGCGGACGAUAUGAAUGAGGGGUGUAGGGUGCAUGCGACGUUGUUGGGGUGGGACGGCCCGAAUGAGAUGGAGGAGGAGGCGUGGGAGCUGGGCGAGAUGUUUUUCAGGAAUUGGUGGUGGUGUUUUGAUGGGAGGGUGUUGGCGAGUACGAAUAGGAAGAGGAGGGAGAGGGGGCUGCUGCCGUUGAGGGUUGGGGGGUGA